UGGAGGCCGGCCUGACCUCUCCGCCUCAGUGGGCUGGGUUGGGUGCUGGAGCAUUGCUCCUACUGCCCAUCCUGCUGCUGGCAGCGCUGGAAACUGGGUGGACGGCAUGGGUUGGUCUCAGGAUUUGUUCCGCGCCUUGUCGAGAUCGCUGUCAAGGGAAGUGAAGGAGCACGUGGGCACGGACCAGUUCGGGAACAAAUACUACUACAUCCCGCCGUACAAGAACUGGAGAGGACAAACUAUUCGAGAGAAGAGAAUUGUAGAAGCAGCAAAUAAAAAAGAAGUAGACUAUGAAAUAGGGGAUAUUCCAACAGAAUGGGAAGGGAUAUGUACAGAAGUCCAACCUCCUGCCUCGACAGAGCUGCAGUCACUCUUGCCGGGAAGCCUGGAGCCUAAGUAUGUAAAACUCCUGCACAUCUGCCCAUGCCUGAGUGGCUGCUCUGCCAAGCGUCCACACAGCUCUGUGUGUCAGACUGAAAACCCUGGUGGAGUGGGUUUAGGAGGAGAUCUCCUGACUCAGGGUUGCAGAGAUCCAUGGGAGAAGCAUGGUUUCCCAGGGUCACACAUUAGAAUACUCACCACUUCCCUAGGUGGGGGAGGUUCCCCUGGCUCCAUGUUGCUCCAGCAUGGGCCAUUGUACUGUCUUGCUUUUCUUCAUUUUCCAGGGGUCGAGUUGUUUCCUUGAUUAAUCCCAAUGAGAGUACCUGGAUGUUUCAGUUGAAGGUGCUAUAUUUACUCACGGCUUUGGUUGUUCUCCAUGACAGCCAUGUACCCUAGCUGCUUCUAGUCAGCCAUCUUGGCCUGAAUCUAAGUAACCUAAAUUU